AUGACCACCUCUACGACCACCCCGCCGACAACCGCCGUCUCCCGCCCUCCUCCUUAUGCUCUUGCCACCAUCCCGGGCCCCAUCUUCCUCGGCAUCCCUCCUUACUCUCUCAUCCCCAACCUACUCUUUGUCACGCUUAUCACGCUUUCUCCUCCUCCCACCGCCCUCACCAUCCACCACACCACCACCACCUCGGCCGCCACCCCGGGGCUAAAAAACUCGGACAAGAUCGCCAUAGCGUUGGGAGCAGUGGCCGCCGUUGGGGUCGGUCGGAUGGGUUGGCUGGGUUGGGAAAACCACAAAAGGGAGAAAAAGAAGCUGAAAUGGAAGGAGGACGACAGGGCUGCGAGGGUGCAGCAGCAGCAGCCGCAGCAGCAGCAGCAGGGCAAAUCUUCCUCUAUCACCGGCAUUACCCCGUUGCCGGUAUGA